CCUCUUCCCCCGCAUCCAGUCGGUCAGGUUUUAGCUCCCCGAGCAGGUUCUCGAUUAGUUCCAGUCGGCUCUAGACGUAGCUCGCUCGUGCACCUUCUUUCCAUUUAUUCUUAAGUCAAGUCCAAGAUGCGCUUCUCUGCUAUCGUCCCUGCUCUCCUGUCGGCUGGUGUCGCCCUGGGCGAGGUCAUCACCGUUCAAGUCGGUGGCAACAACUCCCUGACCUACAGCCCCCCGAGUGUGAACGCCACCGUCGGCGACACCAUCAUGUUCGAGUUCAUGGCCAAGAACCACACCGUCACCCAGUCGACGUUUGCCGAUCCGUGCUCGCUCAUGACCCUUGCGAACGGCAGCACCGGCGUCGACUCGGGCUUCAUGCCCGUCGCGGCGAACUCCACCAGCUUCCCGACGUUCAGCUUCACCAUCCAGAACGCGUCGGCGCCGCUUUGGUUCUACUGCAAGCAGACUGGUCACUGCGCCAAGGGUAUGGUCUUCGCCAUCAACCCUACGGCGGCGAAGAGCUUCUCGGCCUUCCAGGCCGCUGCUGAGAUGACCGGCUCCGGUUCCAACUCGUCGUCGAUGGGUGGCUCCGGGUCGUCGUCUGGCUCUGGCUCUACCGGUGCUGGUGCUGGUGGAGGUGCGGCGAGCACCGCGUCCGGCACGGCCGGCUCCGCCUCGUCCACAACGGCGGCCAGCGGCGCGGGUGCUGUCCGCGUUGGCGGCGCUGCCUUCGUCCUGUCCAUCGUGGGUCUCGUUGCCGGCCUGCUCUAGAGCCAGGCUUCCUUGGUUUCAUGAACUCGGACUGAGCGCUUUCCUCUGGACUUGAUUGACCUUCACGAAACUGUAGUGCUGUGCAUGCUACGUUCCCCCCGCGCUGUCGCGUGGGCUUUCCUGUAUUGCUACUUCCUACCGAUCGUUAAUACGGAUACGAGGGGUUCACCGGUGAACAAAA